ACUGUUGGGACAAUUAGUCCUGCUGAGCUGCUGCUGAUUGGUUCCCGAGGAGCAGUGAUGUCACCAGCCUGCUCUGAUGUGUCCGUGCAGCAGCAGCAGCAGCUUGCGCGCAAAAAGCUGAGAGAGGAGAGACUCCAGAUGGAGUUGGCGCGCGUCGGGAGUAGUAGUAGAGCUGUGGCUCGAGCGACACACCGCACACACCGCAGCGUCUGCCUCGCGCUGAUGCCUUAAUGAGCUCCACCUGCUCCAACACUCAGUGCAGCAGCCCGUCAUGGAGGACGGCGACGGCGACGGCGACGCACCGGUGAACCUCCUGCUGAACGCGUCGGACGCCGCUGGCUCCACCACCACCACCGCGUCCACCGAGCAGUGGAUGGCCGGCAUGAGCCUCCUGAUGGGCGCCAUCGUCUUCUUCAUCGUGUUCGGCAACAUCCUGGUGAUCUUGGCCAUCGCCAAGACGCAGCGGCUGCAGACGCUCACCAACGUGUUCAUCGUGUCUCUGGCCAGCGCGGACCUCAUCAUGGGUCUCCUGGUUGUACCUUUCGGUGCUGCUCUGGAGGUGCGCGGCUCUUGGCUCUACGGCUCCUUCUUCUGCGAGAUCUGGAUCUCCGUGGACGUGCUGUGCGUCACCGCCAGCAUCGAGACCCUGUGCGUAAUCGCCAUAGACAGGUACGUGGCCAUCACGUCGCCAUUCCGCUACCAGAGCCUUUUAACCAAAGCAAGGGCUAAAACUGUAGUGUGUGUAGUGUGGGCUAUCUCCGCGCUGGUGUCUUUUCUCCCCAUCCUCAUGCAUUGGUCCAGAGACAACGAGGACACAUCCUGCUAUGAGGACCCAGAGUGCUGCGACUUUGUCACCAACAGAGCAUACGCCAUCUCCUCCUCCAUCAUCUCCUUUUACAUCCCUCUCCUUGUGAUGAUCUUCGUUUACGCGCGCGUCUAUAGGGAAGCCAAAAAGCAGCUGAUGAAGAUCGACAAGUGUGAAGGAAGAUUUCAUCUUAACACUUUGACAGGACUCACAUCCAAGUAUAAGAAGAGGCCGUCUAAGAUUUUGGCGCUCAGAGAGCAAAAAGCGCUCAAGACUUUGGGCAUCAUCAUGGGGACUUUCACUUUAUGCUGGUUGCCUUUCUUUAUAGUCAACGUGGUGCGCGUGUUUUGCGCAGAGAUGGUGGAUAAGGAUGUGUUUGUUUUCCUGAACUGGUUGGGUUAUGCAAACUCUGCGUUUAACCCCGUUAUUUACUGCAGGAGUCCGGACUUUAGGAAGGCUUUUAAGAGGCUGCUGUGUUGCUGUUCGAGGCAGGCGGAUCGCAGGCUGCACAUCAGCUCGUGCGAUCUGUCCAGGUACUCCGGAGGGUUUGGUGUCUCUGCGAUGGAGCCAGGAGAGCUGGGGAUAUGGUCGGAUUGCGCUCGGUUGGACAGUGACAGCAGUUUAGUGGAGACUGCGAAGAUGUCUCACUCUGAAUCACAACUGUGAAGGAAAAACAACAACUUUUUUUUUUGCUUUUGAGGUGGAUUUACAACAAACCUGGGGGAAAGGAUGGUGACUUCUUUGGGGGGGGGGAGAUGUGCCAGAAAUCACCAGAAAAUGUAUUUUGAAAGCCAUAUUUUUAAAAAGAGACAUUCAAGAUUCAAGAGUUUUAUUUGCCAUCUGCACCUAUUGGGAUUCUGAGUCAGCUUUAAGGAAAGAAAAAAGGUAGAAAAGGUAAUUACAGUACAAAAUAAGAAGCACAACUCAACACAAUAAAUAAAUAAAUAAUUAAAA